CGAGCCUACAACAUCACGCCAACCAUGGACUCCAACCUCUUCCUCACAGCCGCCACCCGCUGGAUCGGUGACGUAGUAUUUGACGGUCCAAAUCACGCCUUAGCCCAACACCUAACCAAACACACCGACAAGAGAGUAUACCGGUACAUCUUUGACAUUCGGAACCCAUUUCCCGGCCAACCCUUCUACCAACUCGCACAUCACUGGGUGGAUGUAUACUUUGUUUUCCGCACCUUUCAAUUUCGAUACCCCACCGAAGCAUUGAAACAGAUUUCUGACCAGCAUGCACGAUUGUGGGUGACGUUUGCAAAUGGGAAGGCGCCUUGGAAGGAGUAUCGGGUUACGGAAGGAAAUAGCAGGGAGGUGGUCAUGGUGGCAGAUGAGAGAGACGGGUGGGUGGAGAGAAGUGUGGCUGAGAAUGAGAGGCUAAAUGAAUGGAGUUGGAAGAGGUGUGAAAAGCUGUGGGAAUCCUGGGGUGCGCAGAACGGGAGUUGGUUCCUACCGUUGAAGAUAAAGCCAUUGGAGGGAAGGAAGCUAGUGUGA